GCGUCAGCCCCCCACCCGGGGAAUGGAUCCGGAAUCCGGGUGGCGUCUGCGGGAGGAGUUUCAUCUCCUGACAGAACCGGAGCAGAGGUACUACUCGGGGCUCCACAGCCUGUGCCAAGCGGACGCGGGAACGCUGUCGUCCAGCAAAGUGGCGGAGCUGGUCAAGGCUUCUCAGCUGCCCCCCGAAUCCCUGCAUAAAGUGACGGAGUUGUGCGGAGCGAAGCGUCUGGGCUACUUUGGUACGCCUCAGUUCUUUGUGGCGCUGAAGCUGCUGGCGGCCGCCCAGUCUGGUCUGCCCCUCCACCUGGAGAGUGUAACGGCCAAUCUACCUCUGCCCAGAUUUGUUGGGCUGAAGAAUGAACCAGAGAUGCGAUACCCAGCCGUCCCUCCAAGCAUCGACGGUCAGGGGGCUCAGUGUGUGAGCGCGCCCGGCUCCGUGUGCCGGACUCCAGCAGACAGGAGCACCUUCAGACACCUGGAGGCCAAAGUGGAGAAGAAGGAACCUUGGUCCCCGCCACGAUCCCCCAGCAGUUCACCGCCUCGCUCCCCGCUGAUCUACCGCGGCUACCCGUACACCAAGAAGAGGAAUGGGGCCGACUCACAGAUCGCCUACGAAUGCAAACAUUCCUCACGGCCGAUCGUUCUGCUAGAGCAGCACUCCUCGCCCGGUAACUACGGGACCAAAGCCACCGUGGAGCAUCUUGCGAUGGCUCGGGCUUCCUCAUCAGAGAGGCUGGACCAGCAGGGUGCUGUGGACCAUUCUGACGAUGACCCCUGGAGGAUCACAGAGGAACAGCUCGAGUAUUACACUAACCAGUUCAAAACCCUGCAGCCUGACCUGGGGGCUCUCAUCCUGGGAACCAUUGCAAAGAACUUCUUUACAAAAUCCAAGCUCCCAAUACCAGAACUUUCCCACAUUUGGGAGUUGAGUGAUGUGGACAGAGAUGGAGCGCUCACGUUCCAUGAGUUCUGCACAGCCUUUCACUUGAUUGUGGCACGCAAGAACGGUUACCCUCUUCCAGAGAGCCUUCCCCCGACCCUGCAGCUAGGGGUUAUGCAGCAGGAUGAGGACAUACCGGAUACUCCCGAAAGUGCAGAGCCUCUCAUUGUCUUUGAGGAUGCCGAACCAAGGCCUAGUCAGAUGAAUCGGAGCAUUAUCGAGAGGCUCCAGCCAGGCCUGGCUACAACAAAACAAGAUUUGAAAGAGGAAUCAUGUAAACAAGAUGUAGGUGUGAAGAGGAUGACCUCUCAAGAGAAACGGACUCUGCAACUUGGUGCUUUUCCUGAGAGGCCAGAGGCGCCUCAGGACCUGGACCCACACAUGAGGACAAAAACCAGACCGAGGUCCUACUCCAGCACUUCUUUUGAAGAUGCGAUGAAGAAGGCAGAAGAGCCCCCCACCCCUCCACCUCGCCCCCAGAAAACCCACUCCCGAGCCUCCUCGCUGGACCUCAACAAGCUCUUCCAGCAGGGCGCUCCGGGAAUUAAAAGUGGAUGGUUUCCACCUCCUCCAGCCCUCCCUCCCAGACCAUUGACUUCACAGGUUUCUCAUUUUAUCAACGUUUCACAGAAAACUGAGCAGAUCAAAGUGCAGCAGCCAAACUUUGCUGACUUCAGUCGCUUUAGAGAAGAGGAGGAGAGCAGUGUGAAGCCUGAGGAACAGGGUCCACGCUCCAGAUUUGGUCCGAGUACCGAAGACCUGGCAAAUGCAUCAAAACAGGACGGCGUUGGAGUUGGUCACACUCAGGCACCGCAGAAGCCGCUCCGCAGGAAGUACCACCCAGAGAGCCAGAACCUGGAGACGGUACCUCCACCUGUCAUGCCGUUCCCUACCCCCACCAAACCUGCCCAGAAGCUGCUGUCCAAACAGAAGAGGGAGAUCCAGAUGGCGAUCCGUAAAAACAAGGAAACCAACGCGGUGUUGACACGCCUCAAUAGCGAGCUCCAACAGCAACUCAAGGUGGUUCACCAGGAGAGGGUCACUCUGGAGUCCCAGCUGGAGCUCCUGCGGCCCCUGGCCCCGACGUAACUGAUCCUGGACCCUGGUUGAAGUCACAUUACGGGUGCGUGCGUGCACGUGCGUGUCACAGAAAUACAAUAGCGUCUCUAUAAAACAUGACUGUUUGACCUGAGCCAAGAAACAGAAAGUUGUCUUUUGUCAUGAAUCCAGUUGAAGGGUUGGGGAUGGGGAAAAACAGGGAUCGGACUCUUGGAUUUCUUUUGAGGAACAGCUCCAGUCCCAUAUGCAAAUAUUCCUCUUUCUUUUAAUGACAUCUUCAAGAAUAAAACCAUGUUUUGUUUUUUUAUCACUGUAUGAUAUGCACAUGACAUUCUAACUUAUUGUUUUCUCUUUUGAUUUACUGUCAGGUCUCUCCCAUGAAUCGUACUUUGCUUCAAUACACGUAACGUUGUGCGCAUCUUGCCAUUCCUCGGAUACAAGUUUCAUGUAUGUUACAUGCUCUGUGUGAAAUACUGGAACUAAAGGGCUCUUGGUUUUCUCAGUCUAUGUAUACGGUGCAUUUCAUGUGUAUCCCCAUCUGGUCUAAAGCAAGUAAAUGGUGCGACAGAUUAGUUUCUGAAUCAUAUUACUUUUUGCACUUAAAGUUUAAACAAACAAAAAAGAGCACAUUUUCAAGGUUAUACCUUGUGUUAGAUAUGGGUUCUUCAGCUACAGAGUUCCAGCCUUCGCACAAGAUUUGUCUGUUGUCACAAUGUAGCACUGGCACACGGGGCCAUAAGGACACUGGAGAAUGUUGACUCUGAAUCUGUAUCAAAUAUAGAUAAUCUACUUGAAAAUUUGCUCCAUCUUUAAUGUAAGCACUGUCUGAUCAUCACUGUUCAUUUUUCUUUAACCACCUUAUGUUUAUUAUCAUAUGAAGAGCUAUUUCUGUAGAAGAAGAAUUUGAUUUCUAAGACCAUAAAAACAGAAACUGGUGUUAUUGUUCCAGAAAAGAAAAGAGCUCAAUAUUCUGUUUUGCCAGAUAGAUUUCAAAACUAGCUAAUGUUAAAAAUGGGGUUUUGAUUUUAUCUAUGCAAAAAUGUGGUGCUGCUUCCGCUGGCUUUAGACCAUCUACCAUCAAGGAGAAUAAGGAUGUUUUGGAAAAAUAAUGAUGUGGUUGAAAUACACGAUGGCAUGCUUGAUAAUGCAUGUUGUGCUGAGAAUGAUUUGAGCAUUGGACUGUGAAUUGACCUUAAAUCGUGCACAUCUACUGAGCUCUGUGCUGAAGACAAUGAUCCAACUAAUCAAUAAAGUUGUCUAUUUUUAUUG